UCGUACUCGUCGACGCAAUUACACAUGUAUCAGCUACCUUUCGCAUACACAUCAUUGCACGAUUUAUCUGUUUCUCUACAUUUGGACUUUUGAAUCUCCAACAAAAGUCACAACCAUGAUGUCUAGGUAUUGUAGCCCCUUGCUUCGGAGGAUCUCCUCGCAGCAGCUGGUCCGAUCCCAGUCUACUGUUCCCAGCCAAGCAGCUGUGAGCAAACUUACAUCAGACCAGGUCUUCGAGAGGGAGUCUCGGUAUGGAGCUCACAACUACCACCCGCUCCCUGUGGCACUUGCAAAGGCUAAAGGUGUGCAUGUGUGGGAUGUAGAAGGGAAGCGGUACUUGGACUUCCUGAGUGCAUACAGUGCAGUGAACCAAGGUCACAACCACCCCAAGAUAGUCAAGGCCAUGCAGGAUCAGUGUGAAGUCCUCUCCCUGACAUCCAGGGCAUUCUACAAUGAUGUCCUGGGAGAGUAUGAAGAAUACAUCACCAAAAUGUUUGGAUAUGACAAAGUACUUCCCAUGAAUACAGGUGUGGAAGGGGGCGAAACAGCCUGCAAGCUGGCCCGCAAGUGGGGCUAUAAAGUGAAGGGUGUCCCCAAUAACCAGGCUCGUGUCGUUUUCGCAGAGGGUAACUUUUGGGGUCGAACAAUGGCUGCUGUCUCAAGUUCUACAGAUCCAGAUUGCUACGAGGGCUUUGGACCCUACAUGCCUGGCUUCGACAUUGUUCCCUAUAAUGAUUUGGGAGCUUUAGAUAAAGCGACUCAGGAUCCGACUGUCGUAGCAUACAUGGUAGAACCAAUCCAAGGUGAAGCCGGAGUCAGGGUCCCAGAUGCAGGCUAUCUUCAAGGUGUCAGAGAUAUCUGCACAAAGAAUAAUGUUCUGUUCAUUGCUGAUGAAGUACAGACAGGGCUAGCCAGAACAGGGAAGCGUCUGUGUAUUGACCAUGACAAUGUUCGUCCAGAUAUUGUCAUCCUCGGCAAGGCUCUAUCCGGAGGCAUGUAUCCUGUAUCUGCUAUUCUUGCUGACGAUGAGAUUAUGUUGACCAUUAGACCAGGUGAACAUGGGUCUACAUAUGGAGGUAACCCGCUGGCAUGUAAGAUCGCUAUGGCUGCUCUUGAGGUUCUUGAGGAGGAGAAACUGGCAGAAAAUGCAGAGCGUCUUGGGAAGAUUGUACGAUCUGAGCUGAGCCAACUAGAUGAUAACAUUGUGACAACAGUGAGAGGCAAGGGUCUGCUCAAUGCUGUUAUUAUCAAGGAAACACCACAAUAUGAUGCAUGGCAGGUCUGUCUGCGUCUCCGUGACAACGGUCUCCUGGCCAAGCCCACUCAUGGUGACAUCAUCAGACUGGCUCCACCUCUUACUCUGACUGAUGCUGAGCUUGAAGAAAGCCUUGGCAUCAUCAAGAACACCAUCCUUUCUUUCCUGUAAAUGGCUUUUUGGUAACUGUCAGGCUAGGUUUCACAAUACCUUAUAGACUGUAGGAUGG